ACAGCAACAGAUUUCAGUAUUGUUUCCUCAUUACCUUUCAUGAACAACCCUGGAGAUGUCAACAUGAAGUUUGUUUUAGUCAUUGUGAGAACGUCAUAAACUUCCAGAAAAGAAAAUCAUGAGUGGAAAAACGAAAGACACAGUAGGUUAACAAUUGUGUUUAUGUGGAAGCACAAUCUAUCCGAGUGUCUUGCACUGAACCAGCCAGAAUACUCCAAGAGACUGUUGUAUAAAUCUUUUGAAAUUUGGCCCAGUAUUCAAAAGUCCGUGGAAAGAAAAAAACCUUGUCCUAGCUUCAGCUUCCAACUCUGAAGACAGACUUGCUUCUUUCAACGGUUUUCACAGAUCCGGUGACCUACGCUCCGAAGUCAGAAUUAGCUAACUUUCAAAAACAUCUGGAAAAAUGAAGACAUGGUUAAAAAUUGUACUUGGAGUUGCCACUUCUGCUGUGCUUGCUUUAUUGGUGAUGUGCAUUAUCUUACGUCCUUCAAGAGUUCAUGACUCUGAAGGAAGUACAACAAGAGCACUCACACUGAAGGAUAUUUUAAAUGGGACAUUUACCUAUAAAACAUUUUUCCCGAACUGGAUUUCAGGACAAGAAUAUCUUCAUCAGUCUACAGAUAAUGAUAUAGUAUAUUACAAUAUUGAAACAGGAGAAUCAUAUACCAUUUUGAGUAAUGUCACCAUGAAAAGUGUGAAUGCUUCAAAUUAUGGCUUAUCACCUGAUCGGCAAUUUGCGUAUCUAGAAAGUGAUUAUUCAAAGCUUUGGAGAUACUCUUACACAGCAACAUAUCGCAUCUACAACCUCAAUAAUGGAGAGUUUAUAAGAAGAAAUGAGCUUCCUCGUCCAAUUCAGUAUUUAUGCUGGUCGCCUGUUGGGAGUAAAUUAGCAUAUGUCUAUCAAAACAAUAUCUAUUUGAAACAAAGACCAGAAGACCCACCUUUUCAAAUAACACAUAAUGGAAAAGAAAAUAAAAUAUUCAAUGGAAUCCCAGACUGGGUGUAUGAAGAGGAAAUGCUUGCUACAAAAUAUGCUCUCUGGUGGUCUCCUAAUGGAAAAUUUUUGGCAUAUGCAGAAUUUAAUGAUACAGAGAUACCAGUUAUUGCAUAUUCCUAUUAUGGUGAUGAACAAUAUCCUAGAACAAUAAAUAUUCCAUACCCAAAGGCUGGAGCUAAGAAUCCUGUUGUUCGGUUAUUUAUUAUCGAUACCAUGUCUCCCGAGCAUGUAGGUCCCAGAGAAGUGCCAGUUCCAGCAAUGAUGGCAUCAAGUGAUUAUUAUUUCAGUUGGCUCACGUGGGUUACUGAUGAACGAAUAUGUUUGCAGUGGCUAAAAAGAAUCCAGAACGUUUCAGUUCUGUCUAUAUGUGAUUUUAGGGAAGGCUGGCAGACAUGGGAUUGUCCAAAGACCCAGGAGCAUAUAGAAGAAAGCAGAACUGGAUGGGCUGGUGGAUUCUUUGUUUCAACACCAGUUUUCAGCUAUGAUGCCAUUUCAUACUACAAAAUAUUUAGCGACAAGGAUGGCUACAAACAUAUUCACUAUAUCAAAGACACUGUGGAAAAUGCUAUUCAAAUUACAAGUGGCAAGUGGGAGGCCAUAAAUAUAUUCAGAGUAACACAGGAUUCACUGUUUUAUUCUAGCAAUGAAUUUGAAGACUACCCCGGAAGAAGAAAUAUCUAUAGAAUUAGCAUUGGAAGCCAUCCUCCAAGCAAAAAGUGCAUUACUUGCCAUCUAAGGAAAGAAAGGUGCCAAUAUUACACAGCAAGUUUCAGUGACUACGCCAAGUACUAUGCGCUUGUCUGCUAUGGCCCAGGCCUCCCCAUUUCUACCCUUCAUGACGGCCACACCGAUCAAGAAAUUAGAAUCCUGGAAGAAAACAAAGAAUUGGAAAAUGCUUUGACAAAUAUCCAGCUGCCUAAAGAGGAAAUUAAGAAACUUGAAGUGGAUGGCAUCACUUUAUGGUACAAGAUGAUUCUUCCUCCUCAAUUUGACAGAUCAAAGAAGUAUCCCUUGCUAAUUCAAGUGUAUGGUGGUCCUUGCAGUCAGAGCGUAAGGUCUGUAUUCGCUAUUAGUUGGAUUUCUUAUCUUGCAAGUAAGGAGGGGAUAGUCAUUGCCUUGGUGGAUGGCAGAGGAACAGCCUUCCAAGGUGACAGACUCCUGUAUGCAGUAUAUCGAAAGCUGGGUGUUUAUGAAGUUGAGGACCAGAUCACAGCUGUCAGUUAAUGGAAGAAUUGCUGAAAUGCCACAGUUUGCUGCACAUUUUCUCUGUUUUACCAUGAACAGCAUCCACACAGGUAACAACUCUCUGUUUGCUGCUGCAUUUCUUCCCCGUAGACUCCUCAGUGUCCCUCAGAAUCGGUGUAGGGUAAGCUGUGACUGACGGGGCUUCUUCCCAUCUGUUGGUCCCGGGCAUUUGCCCAACUCCUCUGUGCAUUGGAAACGUGCAUGUUGAAUCAAUGCAACAAGCAAAAUGGUUGCUGUGAAAUCCCUAUAAGAAACUCCAUUAUUCAACUAAUAAAACCAUUCCAUUUUACUUCCAGAGAAGAAUGAGAAAGGGCAUUACAUAUCUAAAGGGAACAAAAAAAUCGUAUUUUUCUGGCUCCCUGUGUGUUACUUUGUUCUCCUCCCCUCCUUCCUGCUACUGUCGCAUCCUGGUCUCUGCAAUGGCUCAUCCCCCUUAUUUUUUUUUUCUUCCACUGCUUCUGUUUUUCUUAGAGUUCCCUGAGUUUUGGGAAUCAAACCAUUCCCAAAAUAAAUCACAAUUGCUCUAGAACACCAACCCUCAAGGAGGCCUGGGAUAAAUUAGCCUAAAACAUUCCUAUCCUGUACCAGCUUUGCAAAGUUGCAUUUCUGAGGGCUUCCCAUGACUUUUUAAAGGUUGCCCUUCAGCAUGGUCCCUUGCUCCUAAGAAGAUAUUUAUUUUCAAAACAGUUUUCAAAGGAAGGCUCUUCUAUGAUGGAACUCAAAAUAAUCAUGUCCAUAUCCUAAAAGACAUGCAUAAUUAUCCAUACCAUGAUAAAUUGAGGGUCCCUAAGUAUGAAAUGGGAGAGGGAUGGAUAUUAUUCCAUGGAUGCCAAAACAAGGUGGUGAUUAUCACUAAGAUCUAAGCAUUUAAGAUUGAUAAAAUUUAAAGCAGCAAUAACAAAAAUCUUUUUUUCCUCAAAUCUGGGGAUUUGGAAAUUUGGUCCUAGUCGUGGUGCUAUGACUUCCUGUGUUACUGUAAGCCUGGGCCUUGACCUCUCUGAGUCCCAAGUAACUCGCUCACACAAUCAGGAUGCUAGACCUGCAGCCUUAGAAGUACUACUCAACAGAUGUACAGUAGAGUCUAAAGGAUCCAUUUUAUCCUUUGCAGAAAACACGAUAAUAUUCUUUUAAUUAUUUGUUAAGUGCAGUGUUAUUAUGCAUGUGUUUAAACAAAGAAAAUGGAGCAUUUCUAUUAAAUCUUCAGAUUAAAUAUGCUUGUGUAAGGAAGUAAAUGUCAUGUGUACACACUUAAAAUUCUAAAAAUUUGUUUCUUU